AUGAAAGCACUUGAAGACAAUUCUUAUGUUAAGGCUCCUUAUCCUCAGAGGUUACAGCAGCAGGGGCAGAAGAAAAAUUUCUCUAAAUUCUUAGAUAUUUUUAAGAAGCUGCACAUCAAUAUCCCCUUUGCGGAAGCUUUAGAGCAAAUGCCAUCAUAUGCUAAGUUUCUAAAAGAGAUCCUAACCAAGAAGCGAAAGCUCGCAGUAGAAGGAUCCACUAUCUUGACAGAGCAGUGUGCCAGCAACAACGUAAUGCGAUUAUCUAUGAUGAAGAAGUUGGGAAUCACAGAAGUGAAGCUGAUCAAUAUGAUUAUGCAACUAGCUGACCGCUCCACCAAGCAAGCAUAUGGAGUAAUAGAGGACAUACUUGUUAUGGUGGACAAGUUCAUCUUCCCGAUGGACUUUGUUAUCUUGGAUAUAGAGGAGGACGCUAUUGUUCCCAUGAUCUUUGGGAGACCUUUCUUAGCAACCUCUGGAGCGUUAAUUGAUGUGAAUUGA